AUGGAUUUAGAUUAUGACGGGAGAUUAAAGAAUGUCUUUUGGGCAGACCCCCGUAGUAGGGCAGCAUAUCAGUUUUUUGGUGAUGUGGUUACAUUCGACACCACAUAUUUGACGAAUAGAUAUGAUAUGCCCUUUGCACCAUUUGUUGGUGUAAGCCACCACGACCAGUCAAUUUUGUUGGGAGCAUGGUUGAUUUUUAGUGAGGAUACGGAGACCUUUGUAUGGUUAUUCCAAACUUGGUUGCAUUGUAUGGAUGGUAUAGCUCUGAAAGCUAUUAUCACAGAUCAGGACAGAGCAAUGAAAAAUACAAUUUCUAUUGUCUUUCCGGAAAGCCGACAUAGAUUUUGUUUAUGGCAUAUACUGAAAAAAGUCCCCGAGAAGCUUGGCUCUCAUGGUUCCUACAAAAGUGGGCUGAAAAGUGCAUUGAUGAAAUGUGUCUAUGACACUCAAUCUGUUGAAGAGUUUGAGAAAUGUUGGGAUGAGUUAAUCACCACGUACAACUUGCAUGAAAAUGCAUGGCUGCAAAGUCUAUUCGCUGAGCGUGAGCAUUGGACAAACCUGAAAGAGUUUGUGGACCAGUUUGACAACGAGCAAAAAAAGAAAAUUGAGAAUGAAAAUAGCACGGACUUUCACUCAUUCAAUGUCACAAUUCCCUGCAUAUCUAGAUCUCCAAUUGAAAAGAGAUUUCAAGAUUUGUACACGAAUGCAAAAUUCAGGGAAGUUCAACAGCAACUUACCGGCAUCAUCGAUUUGGAUCCAGUUUUACUUAAGAGGGAUGGUGUAGUAAAAACCUAUCUGGUAGAGGAUGAAGUUUGUGUGGAAGAGUUCACUAAGUUGGUUACAUAUUCUGUGGACUUUAGUGAGGAAGAUGCAGCUGCAAAGUGUUCUUAUGGGUUAUUUCAGAUGAAGGGGAUAUUGUGUAUGCACAUUUUGACUGUAUUUAAGUGUAACGGGAUCAAAUCAUUACCAGAUAGGUACAUUUUAGAUCGAUGGCGGAAGGACAUCAAAAUGAGAUACACGUUAAUUCACAGCAGCUAUGACGCAGGGGAUCAGUGGGCAGAUGCUAACAGAUAUUCAAGUCUACUGAAUAUUUGCUAUAAGAUGAUUACUCAUGCAGCGGGUUCGAAAGAGCAUACUGAGGAUGCAAUUGCAAUGUUAUAUGCAAUGAUUGACUUAUAUUCUGUGGACAACCAAGAACCCCCAUCGAUCACCCUAACGGAUUCCAAUGUUGGUUGUACGACGAAAGACACACCUACAGCUGGUAGUUCAAAGCAAGUAUUCAGUCCACAUGUUGUGAGAGGAAAAGGCAGACCCCCAUAUUUGAGGAGAGCAUCUAGGAUGGAGAAAGACAUGCAGAAAGUUAAAGCGAAGACAAAGAAAGCACCAGUAAAGAGGAAAACGAGAUGGACGAGAUAUACCAGUUAUGGAUACUUGCAGGAAUUUAUUUGGCCAUUCAGAGAUAGAUAUGUCUACAGCAGGUGGCAUGCAGGUUCUGAUAAUUUACAAUAA